ACAGCGCAAGAACAGCUAUAUCAGUCUAGAAGGUCGUAGCGUGUGUCACGCAGCCGGUUUACAACGGUUCAAAAAGCAAAAACUUUUGCAAAAAAGUUUAGUUUCGAUUCUUCCGUUACUUUGGCAUUUUUGUUGCCUAGUUAUUCAAAUGAUAUGAAGCCUCUAAUAAUUUUUCUCGCUGCCGUUUUCUUAGUAACAGAAUGUGUGUCGGCGCAAGAAGACUUCAUCGUCGAAAAAGUCGGCACUGUCGAAGAUGAUUUAGGAUCAAGUCGCGAAGCUCUUCGCACAGAAGAACAUGUACCAUUGAAAACAAAGGAGCUUCAUGAUGGACUGGAUAGUGCUGAAUAUCAAAAACUCAAAGAAAAAGCUGAGAGUUUUACGUUUCAAACAGAGGUUAAUCGUAUGAUGAAACUUAUUAUUAAUUCAUUAUACCGUAACAAGGAAAUCUUUUUAAGAGAACUCAUAUCAAAUGCUUCCGAUGCACUUGAUAAAAUCAGGUUGCUCUCUCUCACCGAUAAAAAUGUUCUUGAAUCAGACUCCAAUUUAAUGAUCAGAAUAAAGGCUGAUAAAGAUAAUAAAAUACUAAGUAUUACUGAUUCUGGAAUUGGUAUGACUAAAAAUGAUCUGAUAGGUAAUUUAGGAACUAUAGCCAAAUCUGGAACAGCAGAAUUUUUGGGCAAGAUGCAAAACUCUAUGAAUUCACAAGACAUGAAUGAUAUGAUUGGUCAGUUUGGUGUUGGCUUUUAUUCAGCUUUUCUUGUUGCAAACAAAGUUGUUGUAACAACUAAACAUAAUGAUGAUAAACAAUACAUCUGGGAAUCUGACAGUAACAGCUAUAGCAUUGUUGAAGACCCUAGGAAUACACUCAAGAGGGGAACAACCAUAAGCCUGUACUUGAAAAAUGAAGCUCAAGACUUUUUGGAAGAGGAUACUAUCAAAAAUCUUAUCAGAAAAUAUUCCCAAUUCAUCAAUUUCCCUAUUUACAUGUGGAGUAGUAAAAAUAUUGAAGUAGAUUCAGAUGAAGUUGAUGAAAAAACUCCUGAAACAAAAGAUGCAGAGAAGGAGCAAAGUGAUGAUGAUGAUGCCACUAUUGAAAAUGAUCAAGAUAAAGCAGAGAAGAAAAAAGUAACUAAAACAGUUUGGGAUUGGGAAUUAAUAAAUGAUGCUAAACCAAUUUGGACUAUAAAACCAUCAGAGAUCACUGAAGAGCAGUAUAAUAGUUUCUACAAGUCUUUAACUAAAGAUACCCAGGAACCCCUAGCUAAAGUUCAUUUCGUAGCAGAAGGCGAAGUUACAUUUAAAUCUCUCUUAUUUAUUCCUAAGGUUCAGCCUAGUGAUAGUUUUAAUCGUUAUGGAACUAAAGAUGAUAACAUUAAGUUAUAUGUUAGAAGAGUUUUCAUUUCAGACAAAUUCAAUGAUUUAAUGCCAAAUUAUUUGUCUUUUAUUCAAGGUAUAGUUGAUAGUGAUGAUUUACCCCUUAAUGUUUCUCGAGAAAACUUACAACAACACAAGCUAAUGAAAAUUAUCAAGAAGAAGCUUAUUCGUAAAGUUUUAGAUAUGAUUAAGAAAAUACCAAAAGAAGAUUAUGAUUCUUUCUGGAAAGAAUACAGUACUAAUAUUAAAUUAGGACUUAUUGAGGAUGCUCAAAAUCGUGCCAGAUUAUCAAAAUUACUUAUGUUCCGCAGCUCAUUCAGCAAUAAAGCAACAACAUUGAGUGAUUAUGUUUCUCGUAUGAAACCAAAUCAAAAUAACAUUUAUUACAUUGCAGGCUCCUCAAUUAGUGAUGUUGAAAAAUCGCCAUUUGUGGAAAGAUUGCUAAAGAAGAAUUAUGAAGUUUUAUACUUGGUUGAAGCUGUUGAUGAGUAUGCACUUUCAUCAAUUCCAGAAUUUGAUGGAAAGAAAUUCCAAAAUGUAGCUAAAGAAGGAUUUUCAAUUGAUGAAGGAGAAAAAUAUACUGAGAAGAAAGCAGAAUUGGAAAAAAUUUAUGAACCUCUUUUGAAAUAUUUGAAUGAAAAGUUGAAAGAUAAUAUCAGCAAAGCACAAAUUUCAGAUCGUUUGACAAAUUCUCCUUGUGCUCUAGUCGCAAGUAUGUUUGGUUGGACUGGAAACAUGGAAAGGCUUGCGAUAUCUAAUGCCCAUCAGAAAUCUGAUGACCCACAAAAGUCAUAUUAUUUAAAUCAAAAGAAGACUCUUGAAAUCAAUCCACAUCAUCCACUGAUGAGGGAAUUAUUGCGAAGGGUAGAACAAGAUGCUGAAGAUGAAAACACCUACAAUAUGGCUUUGAUGAUGUUCCAAACUGCUACCUUGAGAUCAGGAUAUAUGUUGAAAGAAACAGCAAGUUUUGCUGAUAACAUUGAAAAACUCAUGCGAAAAUCCUUAGGUAUUCCACUGGAUGAAGUUCCAGAAAUUGAAGAUGAUAACAUUGAAGACAUCAAUGAUUCAGAAAAGGAUGAAUCUGAAAUCUCAACCGACGAGAAGGAUGAUGAACAAAGUGAACAUGAUGAACUGUGAAUGCAUUUACUGUAAAGUAUAAUUUGAAAUUCUUUUUUACGAAAAUUUAAAUAAAUAAUUGGUAAAAAAAA